AUGUUCGGGAAGGAGUCGGUUAUUAAGGGAAGCUUAGCGGAGAUGGUUCGGAUCGGGUGCAAAGGGAAUUCGGGGCGGAGAUGUAUCGGGAUGGGAAGUACUAGCAGUGUAAUUCGUGGAACGCGGAUGGUGACUAACAUCUUCUGGAUAUUUGGGUCCGUCGUAUAUUCUACCCUUAGCUACCUUUCCAAAUCCCCAUUAGAUAUUGAAAGCCGCGCUCUCGGCAUUCAUGCGGGGUCAACACCUUCAAAUCAUUUUUCACCCCAACAGCAAUAUAAAACUACCACCCUAUUCUCUCCAAUACCCCUCGGCAACGUAAGCUUCAUAACCGCUGCGACACUAGAUUCGCUAGGAGGGAGAAAUAUUGCGCCGGGGAAACAGUUCUUGAGCUUCCAGCAUGAGAUAUUUCUUAGGUUACAUAUGUACGGGAAGACCUAUUCCCCUUUGUCAACUGCGGACUUCGGGUUAACCCUUGGAUUCGAUUACCUCAAUCCGGAUCGUACGUACGAUAAGAUACCUAGUCACGGGAGAUGUGGAGUAGAUGAAUGCGUACGUAUCUCAAAAUCUCCCCAAUUGUUGACAUGUCGGAAGUUCAUCCUUCAUGCGGUCUGUAACCCUAACACAUCCCUCCGUUACACAUUAAAUUCCCGGCUCCAGCAUACAACAGCCAACAUCGGCGUUCCGAGAAAUUUGUCGCGUCUUCUUUCAGCCAACCAAACUCAAACCCAAGUCCAGAGAGAUAACAAAGAGCUGAAUACAAUGGAAAAUCUGACGAGAAUGGAAGUCAAUAGCCAGCCUGAUACCAUGGGAUUGGCAGCAAUAACGAGAGAGGGCGGAGUUGACGGCCAUCUCGAGCGAGGCGGUAGAGCAUACGAAAACGAUGCGCAUCUGCCCAGGUAUUCAAUACGAUACCUCUGCCUCCUGACGCCUGUUUUGUGGAAGCCGAUAGCCAGCUCUCAUACCCCGGGGUUGGCAACAAUAUCCGUCGGCUUUAUGAUUGCUCAGGCUGUUGGUAGACCAUACGAGACCGCCCAGGUCCUAAAUACGAUUUCAAUCCCCCUUGAUGCCUGUUUCGUUGACCGGUGUUCUCGGCACUACCAAAAAACUACCCCCCUCCCAAGCAGGGUAUCGAUAUAA